GUGAUGUCAUAGGAUUGCUGAGUUGUUGUUUAGUGAUGUUAAACAUCAGUUGCUUUAAAACCAAUAAGUCUUUCACAAUAUAGUUCUGUGUAGAGCACUAUCGUAUCACAUUAAAUGCGUAAUCAGCACUAUAUAAGGCUAUAUAGCGCUAUUCGCAAGCUGCACAAGGCCUCUAUCGGGCCAGCAUGCAAUGGAGAUGAGCAUUCCGGUGACGUCAUGGCUUCAUGCAACAAGUAGCUGUGUAUUGAGAAGCUGCAGAGUUAUUGAUAAGACUCCGAUAAGAGAUUAAGAUCAAACUUCAAAGGUGAAGGAGAAGCUAACAAGUUUUCGCAUUUCAAAUUCACUCUUAAAGAACCGAAAAUGGUAACAGGAAUCGUCGCUGGCAGGCUAGCUCUUGUCACAGGUGCCGGCUCCGGUAUAGGCCGCGCCGCAUGUCAGGUGCUGUCUAGAGAAGGCGCCACAGUCAUUGCCGCUGAUUUGAACUAUGAUUCUGCUAUGGAAACUAUUAAGACCAUUCCAUUGGCUAGUGGUGCUAAUGCUGUUGGUGACCACAGUGCAAUAGAACUGGAAGUAUCGCAAUCUGCAUCAGUGCAAAAAGCCUUAGAUACAGCAAUGGAGCACUACAAGGCUCCUCCAACAAUAAUCGUCAACUCUGCUGGCAUUGUGAGGGACAACUGGUUGCUCAAGAUGUCUGAAGAAGACUUUGACAAAGUUGUAGCAGUUAAUUUAAAAGGCACAUUCUUGGUAAUGCAAACUUUUGCCAAGGCACUAACAGCAGCAUCUUUGCCUGGCUCUAUUAUAAACAUUUCCAGCAUUGUUGGCAAAUAUGGAAAUAUGGGCCAAGUGAAUUAUGUUGGGAGCAAAGCCGGUGUUGUUGGUAUGAGUAGAGUAGCAGCUUUGGAGUUGGGCAAAUCUAAUAUAAGGGUUAAUGCGAUACUGCCAGGGUUCAUUGAUACGCCAAUCAUUAAGAGUGUUCCAGAGAAAGUCAUGAAGGAGUUCUUGGCACGAAUUCCUUUAGGAAGACAGGCUGAUCCCGUUGAGGUUGGCGAACUUAUUACGUACCUGGCAUCAGAGAAGAGUUCUUAUGUAAAUGGUGCUGUAAUAGAUAUUGCUGGAGGUUUAUAAAACCUUUGCACAGCUACACAGCAACGAUUUAAUAAAAAAAGAUUGUAGCGUAUGUGCUGUCUGUCAAAUAUAUUUGAACAAGGUUUUCAAAUUGGCCCCAGGGUUAUAAGGGACAGGAAUCUUUCUCUUGUCCAUGUACAAAGUCUAUUUUUGAUAUCACAUAUUGUAUCUCGAAAUCAUUGUACCCACAUUGAAUAAAAAAUAUUUAUGAAUG